AGUUUCAGCAUAUUUAAUUUUUUUGUAAUUACUAAUCCACAGUCUCAAUGACGAUAAACCUCUCUCAGUCUUCCCAGAGUCCCUCGCAUUCAGGAAAGGUGUGUGAGAAGGAGAACAUGACCUCUACAGCUCUGUGCAACUACAGCCCGUCACGGCCGUCCCGUUCAUCCAGCAUGUCUUCUCUGCUCCCCGCUGGAACCUCCGCCGCCUUGUCCUUCUUUGUCAAGGCUGCACAAAAGUUGAAUGGGAUGGUCAGGAGAGGAAGGUCGUUCUCAGAAAGCGGCGCUUCUCCACAUCUGACAAACUUUAGUGGUGUCCUGCAGAAAUCUCCUCCUCCAGCACCGGCCAGCAUCUUUCAAACCGCUGGGAAAGGCAAGGAAACUUCUGGGAUGGGAAAGGUAUGGCUGAACACUCUGAAUUGUGGUUGUUAUUUAAUGUAAAGUAGUAAUGAAACAUCAAACAAUGUAUGGGUGAUCAAACAACUAUUAAGCACC